UUGAACUCUAGGGUAUAUUGAUUUCCUCCUCUUAUUUAAAUGUCAAUUUUUGCUGAAAGAGUGCAUUUCAGGGCUCCACUCUUGGUCAUCCUCCGAAAAAUUCGAUAGGCUCAAUUCCCAAAACGAAGAACUUGGCCGUCAUUUAAGAUAAAUUGUAGUACUCAGUUUGCUACAACAACAUGAUCAAAGUUUACAAUCUUCAGAGCAAAUAUAUAUCAGGAUGUAUUUGGUUAAUCAGGAGAUAUUCCAGUGAGCCAAAAACAGAGAUUGCAGAUGCUGCAAAAUGUAUUAGUAAAGUACUGCUAUCUUCUCCACCCAUAGUCCUUGACACUGCCCUUGAUCAAAGUGGCAUUAGGGUAUCACCCAAAAUGGUUGAAGAUAUCCUCAAUAAAUUUGCGAAUGCUGUUAUGUUGGCAUAUCGUUUCUUUAAAUGGGCUGAAAAGCAACAGAGCUAUGAGCACAGUAUUCGGGCUUACCACACUAUGAUUGAAUCUCUGGCCAAGACAAGGCAGUACCAGAUCAUGUGGGAUCUUGUGAAUGCUAUGAGGAACAAGAGAAUGCUAAAUGUUGAGACAUUUUGCAUUAUUAUGAGAAAGUAUGCUAGGGCUCAAAAGGUGGAGGAAGCACUUUAUACAUUUAAUAUGAUGGGAAAAUAUGAUGUGCCCCCAAAUUUAGCAGCAUUCAAUGGCCUAUUAAGUGCUUUAUGCAAGUCUAAGAAUGUGAGGAAGGCUCAGGAGAUAUUUGAAAGCAUGAAGGAUCGUUUCAUUCCUGACUCGAAAACUUAUAGUAUACUUAUUGAGGGAUGGGGAAAGGCUCCAAAUCUGCCCAAGGCAAGAGAAAUAUUCAGAGAAAUGGUUGACAUGGGUUGCAAUCCUGAUAUAGUGACCUACGGUAUAAUGGUUGACAUUCUUUGCAAGGCAGGGAGGGUUGAUGAAGCUCUCGGGAUUGUCAAGGGAAUGGAUUCUAGGAUUUGUCAGCCAACGUCUUUCAUUUAUAGUGUUCUGGUCCAUACAUAUGGGGUAGAGAACAGGAUUGAGGAUGCUGUUGAUACAUUCAUUGAAAUGGAAAGGAAUGGAAUUCAGGCUGAUGUUGCGGUGUAUAAUGCCUUGAUUGGUGCUUUCUGUAAAGCAAACAAAUUCAAAAAUGUUGACAGGGUUUUGAAUGAGAUGGAAUGCAAGGGUGUGCCAUGUAAUUCAAGGACAUGCAAUAUAAUUCUGAAUGGCCUGAUAGGUCGUGGAGAAACUGAUGAGGCUUAUAAGGUAUUCCGGAGGAUGAUAAAGGUGUGUGAGCCAGAUUCAGAUACAUACACAAUGAUGAUAAAAAUGUUUUGUGAGAGGGAUGAAUUAAAGAGAGCUUUUAAAGUGUGGAAAUUCAUGAAGUUGAAGCAGUUCAUCCCUAGCAUGCAUACCUUUUCGGUACUUAUAAAUGGAUUAUGUGACAGAAGAAAUGUCACUGAAGCUUGUGUCUUAUUUGAAGAUAUGAUAGAAAAAGGAAUCCGGCCUUCUAGUGCAACUUUUGGGAGGUUAAGACAAUUACUUUUGAAGGAAGGUAGAGAUGAUGUUCUUGAAUUUCUUCAGGAGAAAAUGAAUCUCCUGGCAAAGGAGCCUUUAUGUGAUUGAGGAACCAUUUCUGGUUGAGCUAGAAGCUGCUGGCGAUCGGUGAUCCAGAAUAGGAGCUCUGUAAUCAAAAUGCCUGGAUUUUAUUAAGAGCAAAGGCCAAUCUUUUCAGGUCCAACCAAAGAAAGUGGAGGUUAAACCAAAGAGAACGAAUGUGAAAAUCCAGCAGCAGAUGCCCAGUCAAUUAUAUUUUCAGGUACAGCUUGACAGCCCAGUCGUUGUUCCUUGACCAUGGUUACACACAGAAGCAAGAGGUGCAUUUGGCCUGUAAGAUUAAAUUUACAGUUAUAUAUGUGGACAUGUUAACAUGUUUACCGUAGAUUUGAGAGUAGUUUGGAAGAGGGAAAUUAUUUUGCUUGUCUGAUGAGGGAUUUUCCUCCAAACAUUAGCAAUGUAUUGAAAAUUUCAAACCGAAAUGAUUUAAUAAAAAUUCCAUUUCCAGGACA